AUGGCCAGGGGGAAGUCUCAGCGGGAAAAUGAACAUCUGCACAGAUGCUCUCAGUGCAAGGUUGCUAAAUACUGUGGUAAAUCUUGUCAGCUUAGACAAUCAGUGUGCCUUUCUGAGAGACUCUACUCUUUUUCCGAUCUUCAGUCAAAUCUUGAACAGUUAAGUGAAGAAAUGAAAGAUGGCCUCAGGCACCUUGCACAGACGUUGCAACUGUAUUUGAAAACAGAGAUCCAGGAUGCAUCUCACUUGCCACCUGCAAUCGACUUUUUUCAGAUCUUCACAAAAGUGACCUGUAACUGUUUCACCAUCAGUAACGGCGAGAUGCAGGAUGUUGGCGUUGGCCUGUAUCCCAGCAUGUCUUUACUGAACCACAGCUGUGACCCAAACUGUGUGAUCGUUUUUGAAGGAUACCAGCUUUUACUUCGCUCCGUCCGAGAGAUCCAGAUUGGUGAAGAGCUCACCAUCAGCUAUAUUGAAUCACUGAUGCCCACCAGCGAACGCCAAAAGCAGCUGAUGCGCCAGUAUUGCUUUGAAUGUGACUGUCUUCUCUGCCAGAAUCAAGAAAAGGAUGCUGAGAAAUUGGCCGGUGAAGAGCAUUUCUGGAAAGAAGUCAAAGAUGCUGUAAAUGAAGUGAGAUAUCCAAAAUCGAAAGAAGAGUGGGAGCAGGUUCUGGCAAGAUGCCAGAGUCUCUUGAACAGCAAUACCGGUCGUCUUCCAGAUACAAAUAUCUAUCAGCUGAAAAUGCUUGACUGUGCCAUGGAUGCCUGUAUUAACCUUGAAUCCUGGGAAGAAGCUUUGUACUAUGGCAGCAGGACUCUGGGACCAUACAGACUGUAUUAUCCUGGUUUCCAUCCACUGAGGGCUGUCCAGCUGAUGCGAGUGGGCAAGCUGCAGUACAGUCAAGACAUGUUUCCUCAAGCGCUGGAGACCUUGAAACAGGCCUAUAAUAUUAUGAAGGUGACCCACGGGACAGAUCACAGCCUGAUGCAAGCCUUGAUGGAGAUGAAGGAACAGUGUGAGGCCAUCAUGAGAACACAGUGA